GCCACGGCGCCGCUGUCGGUGACGUCACGCGGUGUUUGGGCAUUGCCAAGAUGGCGUCGGGCGGUCCCAGCGGCAGUGGCGGAGGCAGCGGUGGCACCUCAAUGGCGCAGAAGACGUGGGAGAUGGCGAACAACAUGCAGGAUUUACAGAACGUGGACGAGAUCUACAAGUACGACAAGAAGCAGCAGCAGGAGAUCCUCGCGGCCAAGCCCUGGAGCAAAGACCACCACUACUUCAAGUGCUGCAAGGUGUCGGCUCUGGCGCUGCUCAAGAUGGUGAUGCACGCGCGCUCGGGCGGUAACCUGGAGGUGAUGGGGCUCAUGCUGGGCAAGGUGGACGGAGACACCAUGAUGAUCAUGGACAGUUUCGCGCUGCCCGUGGAAGGCACCGAGACGCGCGUCAACGCGCAGGCCGCCGCCUACGAGUACAUGGCCGCGUACAUCGAGAACGCCAAGCAGGUGGGCAGGCUAGAAAACGCCAUCGGCUGGUACCAUAGUCACCCCGGAUACGGCUGCUGGCUUUCCGGCAUUGAUGUCAGCACGCAGAUGCUGAACCAGCAGUUCCAGGAGCCCUUUGUGGCCGUUGUGAUCGACCCAACGCGCACGAUAUCCGCAGGGAAAGUGAACCUCGGAGCUUUCCGCACCUACCCAAAAGGAUACAAACCACCGGAUGAAGGACCGUCGGAGUACCAGACCAUCCCUCUCAACAAAAUAGAAGACUUUGGAGUGCACUGCAAACAGUACUACGCCCUGGAAGUGACGUAUUUCAAGUCGUCGCUCGACAGGAAGCUGCUGGAGCUCUUGUGGAACAAGUACUGGGUCAACACUCUGAGCUCGUCCAGCCUCCUCACGAACGCCGACUACACGACGGGACAGAUAUUCGACCUCUCUGAGAAGCUGGAGCAGUCCGAAGCGCAGCUGGGCCGGGGCAGCUUCUUGCUGGGCAUCGACGGGCCGGAGCGCAAGCCCGAGGACAAGCUCACCAAGGCGACGCGCGACAGCUGCAAGACGACAAUCGAGGUGAUCCACGGACUGAUGUCUCAAGUCAUCAAAGACAAACUCUUCAAUCAGAUCACGCCCACGAGCUAGACCACCGACCGCCAGCGAAAGCUGGCAAGAUCGAACCAACGCGCGAUUUUUGUUAUUUACUGGGUGGCAUUUGACGUUAGUUAACCCCCUCCCGCCGCCCCCCGUGUUCUCUGUGUCCUCUCAAGCAAGGGGCAAAGGAAAUUGGUAACGGGAACGUUGCAAAUGUUUUUGUUGUUCGUGCAGCAUUUCUGUAACGUAUUCAACAGCGAAGUGUUUAUCCUGCGAUUAAAUGCUGAUUUGGACAAACUCGAGUAAAAACCGCCCUUUCAAGAAACCUGUUUGUUGAUGACUGAAUGCAACGUGUAAUGCGACGCAGUGCAGUUGUUCGGCGCCGCCUGCGCGUUGCGCUUUUAACGAUGCUGUACGUGAAAACUGCGGCAAUGCCUCGCGAUGGUGUUCGCCAUCGUUAAAGAUGCUGCAUAAGCAGCUUCCAAGUCGAGUAAUAUAUUGAGGCUGCAUUUAAAAUAUUGAAAAAAAAUUGAUUUUGAUGCGCAUUUUUUGGCUCGUUUGCAUUACGUUAUGUAUAUUACUUCAGGCGCCCAAAGAGCUUAAGCUGAUGCCAUUUGACAUUUUUGGCAGGAAAAGUGAUGUCAUUAUGGAAUAACAUGCAAAAAAAAUAAUCUGUUUUUGGAUCAUACGAAUUUUGGUAUUCCAACGCGAUUUUCAGAUUUUUUUUGGGUGUUUAAUUUGAACAUCGUGAGCACAUGCGUAGGAAACGCAUACGUACGUGCCUGCACGCUUACUAACACGCGUCUUCAGUACUUAUUACACACAAACACUCAUUAUGACAACAACAACAACAAUAAUAAUACGUGAAAUGUAUGACUAUUCACCCAGAAAAGCCACACUUGGUACAGCGAUGUUGGGAGGAGGGGAAAACUCACUCGGGACGGGAGAAGAACGUUGAAAACUCCAUGCAGAAGGGUGUCCGAGUCAGGAAUGGAACCAGGCAAUGGAGGGCAGCCAAAAGGUUUUAAAAAAACAAGUACAUAGUAAAAAAAAAAAAAUCAGUUGCACCAACUUAAUUCUCUCGACUGUUUUUGACACUUCAUGUAUGUGUUCUGCGCCAUAAAACAGUGCUUGCCAUGUAAGAGAAACACUGGCAUUGACGUUUGUAGUCGGCGAGGUUUUUUUGGCGCAAAAAAAGGAAAACGCAAUAAGCUAUCGGUGCUCGCGCUUUUAAUAUCCCGUUGUCAAAACUAUUCGGUCGCCCCGACUUUUGAAAACAUUUCCAUAAUUCCUUCCAUCGCACGCACACACGCGCGCGCAAGCUCGCACACGGACACACGCGCGGCGUACAAAUAAACCUGCGAACGUUCGUGCGUA